UCCGAACCCUCGGGCCUCAAAACCCAAACUAGUCGACGCUCUCUUCCAUGUUCUUGCCUUUUCCCGACCCGGAAGAGAAGUCGCGGAUCCCCGCGCUCGACUCGUUCGUAUAAGGGAGAAGAGACCCAGGGGAGGAAGAGAAUCUUUUUGUUCUUCGCCACAUCCAAUUCGACGGCCGAACUCUUUUCAUCGAUUGGCGGGCCCUGAUUCGAGCCGCAGACUGAUGCGCGAGGUGAUGCGGCGGGAUGAAUCGAAGGAAGGAACUCUGUAGGAAUUUCCAGCGCGGCAGCUGCCAAUAUGGUGAUCGCUGCAAAUUUCUCCAUGUUACUCAGCAACAGUCAAAGCCCAAUCCUUUUGGAUUUGGUACUGGUACCCUACAUUUUCCGAAUGCAACUCAGCAACAAAAGCCUAAUCCUUUCGGAUUUGGGGUACAAAACAAUACACAAUCACAAAACAAUACACAUUUGAAAGCUUCAUCAAAUUUUGGUGCUCAACACCAGAAUCCAGCCAAGCCAUUUGAAAACAAGUGGACAAGAUCAUCUUCUUUGACACCAACAAAUACAAAUUCCUUGCAACAUACUGAGGCUCAACCCCAAGCACCUGCUCACAAGUGCACAGAUCCUGAGUCAUGCAAAAGGCAAAUUGUUGAAGAUUAUAAAAACGAAGCACCUCUUUGGAAGCUUACUUGCUAUGGACACCGCAAGAAUGGUCCUUGUGACAUUGUUGGUGAUAUCAGUUUUGAGGAACUCAGAGCAGCAGCCUAUGAAGAUGCAAGACAAGGAUUAAGCCUUCAGUCAAUUGUUGAGAGAGAGAGGAACUUAUACCUUUCAAAGUUGAAUGAAUUUGAUAAUUUACUCAAAAAUUCAUAUGGAUCACAAAAUCCAAGUUUUCCUCAGAUGAGUCAGUCUCCUAUGUCCAUGAACAAUACAUCAUCUGCAAAUGUUCAAAGUAAUGCUGCACCCUCAUUUUCAAGUUUUAGUCAACUUACAACUAAUCUUGGGCUCAACAGCAGGACCAAUCCUCCAGGAACUCCGAAUGGUACUGGUUUUGUACAACCUAGCCUGUUUCAGAAUGCCAGCCAAAAUUCUGUCGGUUUUGGUGUGAAGUUUGGGGCUCCAGGAGGAUUUGGCCAGCAACCAACCCAACCAUCUGGAAACACUCCAAGUCCAAGCCUCUCCACAUUUAACAUUGGUGUAAAGUCUCCUGGGUCACCAUUUCCACUGGCCUCCCAGCAAUUUGGUGGCAUGAACAAUCAACAGCCAAACCUUCUGACUGGGUUUAAUGUUUCUUCAGUUACUGUUGAACAAGCAUCAAUCACGGAUGAGCAACAAGAAGGUAGUCCAGAUGACAGUAUUUGGUUAAAGGAAGAAUGGAAGAUAGGAGAGAUUCCCGAAAGACCACCACCAGAAAGAUUCUGUUGAUGAGCUUCUACGCCUUCCAAGUUCGAGAUGAGGGUCAAUGGUCUCAGAGAGUGUUCUCUAUGCCGAUGUUAAUUAUUUUGGUGCAUUCAAGAACUUGCAAGCUUCGUCCUCACUCUAACCCGCAUCUGAUCUGCUUCCGAAUCCUCCCACCAAGUGGUGAUUUCUCUCUCUAAGAUUCUGGGAAAGGGUUUAAUGUCUGCUGUAGCAACAUCCUGGCACAUGGAGGUUUUAGUUGAGAUCUUCAAAGAAGUACACGCUCCAGAUGCACCUUGAUCAGAUUUCAAGGAAACAAAUGGUAUGCUGAAGCAGAAUGUGAUGCAUCAAUUCCCGGUUAUUUGUAAUACCCGCUCCGGUUACUGCAUCAUGAGUUGGCGAUUUUGCUGCUGUUUCAUAUAAGAAAUCAUAUCGUUUUAGAUCAGAAAGUUGUUCUCAGCAAGAGUUUUCUGUACGUUCUAA